AUGUCGUUUUACAGAACUCGUGAUAGAUUUGAUUAUUCCUACUCUAUCAAUGCUAAUCCUUUAAAGAGAUCUGAAUAUAAAUUUUUGGACCUAGGUAUCACGUUUGACCGAGAGUUAAAUUUCCAUUCCCAUUUGGACAAUAUUUGCUGCAAGGCCCUAAAAAUGCUUGGUUUUAUUAAAAGAAUUUGUAAUGAAUUUAAGUUAACUUCUCCCAUAAAAACCUUAUAUUGUGCUUACGUAAGGUUUAUUUUGGAAUAUGGUGCUGUUGUAUGGGAUCCUUCCACUUCUUGUGGUAAGGAUCAAAUUGAAAGAGUACAACGUAAAUUCCUAAAUUAUGCAGCAUUUAUUUUAAGUAUCGACCAUCCACCUCAUGAUUAUAUCCCAAUUUUAAAUAAACUUGGUUUAUCAUCAUUAGUAAUAGAAGAACAGUUGCAAACCUGA